AUUCUGCGUUGUCUAAAAUUGUUGAAUUGUUAAGUUAAAGUUCCAACACGAUAACAAUAACGUAAUGAGUAGGUAAUAGCUUGGUGACGUAUGAAUCUUAAUCAGUAUUUAUGGCUUUAUCUCUUUCUCUCAUCGUGGUGGGCCCGACCGACAAAUUGUUAUCACGUUAUCACACCACAUUGAGGCUCCUACACCGUAGCAAUUAUGUCGUACUUGAAAAGAUUGAAUAAAAUUUGUGAACUGAGCUUGAAGAAUUCGAGACGAAUAAGCAAUACCCAAACAAAGGCUGAUGUAAAAUUACGACAAAUUGAUAAGGUUUUAAUUGCUAACCGCGGUGAAAUAGCAUGCCGGGUUAUGCAUACAGCUAAGAAAUUGGGUAUCCAAACUGUGGCUGUGUAUUCGGAUGCAGACAAAAAUGCUAUCCAUGUGGAAAUGGCAGAUGAAGCAUACAACAUUGGGCCAGCUUCUGUUACACAAAGUUACCUGAACAAAAAUAAAAUACUUGAAGUAGCCAAGAAAUCUCGCAGCCAAGCCAUUCAUCCUGGAUAUGGGUUCCUCUCUGAAAAUGUUGAGUUUUGUGAGCAGUGUGCCUCUGAAGAUAUCAUAUUUAUUGGACCCCCCACCUCAGCUAUUAGAGAUAUGGGCAUAAAAAGUACUUCCAAAGCCAUUAUGUCCAGUGCAGGAGUACCUAUAGUUAAAGGUUAUCAUGGCGAAGAUCAAAGCAUAGAAAGACUGCAAGCAGAAGCACAGAGGAUUGGUUUCCCAAUAAUGAUCAAAGCAGUCCGUGGUGGUGGUGGCAAAGGGAUGCGUAUAGCAAUGACGGAAUCAGAAUUCCUGCAACAGUUAGAAUCAGCUAAAAGAGAAUCUCUCAAAUCCUUUGGUGACGAUAAUAUGUUACUGGAACAAUACAUCACUGAUCCUAGACAUGUUGAAGUGCAAGUAUUCGCCGACAUGCAUGGUAAUGCAGUGCAUCUCUUUGAACGAGAUUGUUCGGUUCAGAGAAGACAUCAGAAAAUUAUUGAAGAGGCACCCGCACCGGGUUUGUCGGAGGAAACGCGCAAGGCGCUGGGCGAGGCGGCGGUGCGCGCUGCGUUGGCCGUAGGCUACGUGGGCGCCGGCACCGUCGAAUUCAUCCUGCACCGCGCCACGCACGACUUCCACUUCAUGGAGAUGAACACCCGCCUGCAGGUCGAGCACCCUAUCACUGAGAUGAUCACUGGCACUGAUCUUGUGGAAUGGCAGCUACGGGUAGCGGCAGGCGAGCCGCUGCCGCUGACGCAGGCGGAGGUGAAGCGGCGCGGACACGCCGUCGAGUGCCGCGUGUACGCCGAGGAGCCCGGCGCGGGCUUCCUGCCGCGCGCGGGUACUCUUCACCGCCUCGUGCAGCCGAGCCCCGAACAACACUGCCGGGUAGAAACUGGCGUGCGGGAGGGCGCGGAGGUGUCGGUGCACUACGACCCCAUGAUAGCAAAGCUGGUGGUGUGGGGCCGCGACCGCAACGAGGCGCUCGCCAAAACGAGGGCCAAGCUCUCCGAGUAUCAGGUGGCGGGCCUGGAGACUAACGUGAACUUCCUGCUGCGGCUGGCGGGCGACCCCGCGUUCGUGGCGGGCGACGUGCACACCGCCUUCAUCCCGCAGCACGAGGCGCGUCUGUUCGCCGCGCCCGCGCCCGAGCGUCUGCAGACCACGGCACGCAGCGCCGCGCUUGGACAUGUGCUUCUGUCCCAAAAAGCAAGCACGAGUGAGGCAAAGAAUGGAAUCGACGUUUCGCCGAGUGCAUGGCGACCGAACUAUCAAUUUCGCAAAACGAUUUCUCUAAAAUUAGACGGUAAAGAUAUCACAGUAGCAGUAGAACACGUAGGCCCGAAACUGUACCGGGUGAAAGUGGGAGACGGAGAAUGGCAGGAGGCCGAAGCGUGGCUUAGCGAAAGCGAGCGCGGCGCUCGGCUCACUACCGUCGCGGGCGGCCGGCGCAGCACCGUCGGCCUGCUGGCGUUCGAGGACCAGCUCCAUGUCUACGACAAGGAGGGCCAAACGAUAGCCUUGCUCCCGCGGGCUAAGUACGGCGGCGCCGGGGCCUCGGAGGCGUCCUCAGACAGCGCCUGCUCGCCCACGCCGGGAGUGCUGGAGAGAAUACUAGUCAACCAAGGCGAUAAGGUGGUGAAAGGACAGCCGCUGUUUGUGGUGAUCGCGAUGAAGAUGGAGUACGUGGUGCGGGCAAGCCGCGCCGGCGUGGUGGCGAGGCUGGCGGCCGCGCGGCCCGGCGACGCCGUCGGCAAGGGCGCCGAGGUCGUGCGGCUCGAACCCGACACUUCGACUACAACCAACUGAAUCACCUUGGCCUAUUUCACUACACUGACAAUUUCCUGUCCAUUUCCGGGUCUUUAGCCUUUCUGUAGGCCUAGCACAGGAGGGCCGCGACAGUAUCUCGUCCGCGAUAUAGAGUACACACUUUUUUCGAACUGUAUUUAUUACAGAGGGACGGGUAGUAGGUAUAUCUCGCGGGCGAGAUACUGUCGCCCCACUCCUCAGGUAGCCCGGCUCAUGCCAUACCUCAUUUUUAGAGUUGUUGGAAUUACAAUUUUCUGUCAAUAUUAAAAUUUCAAAUACAUGUCCCGCUGCGGGAUUUUCUCAAAUUUAACAGUACUCCCAAAAUCAUACAAUAUGUAUAGAUGCCUGCUAGGCGGGUUGCGAAGCAGUAAAAACUACUGAUUAAUUUUAAAAUGUCGUGUAUCAAAGGAUUGAAUUCACCCGCGCCGCUUCGCGUUCGCGAGUUAUUCGCUCACGUAAGACACUGCCUUAGUCUUUGUUGUUAUUAACAUAUUUAUCAUUAUUUUUCCUUUUUUUUCUUUUUUAGCUUAGCUUGCGGCUGAGGUUUAAGUUACUGUAUUAGUAAAAUUAAUGGGGGUGUGAAAUUGAAAUAAUCUAUUUAGGAAUUUUAUAACAUGUUCUAUUUGUUGACAUUCUAGCAAUGCAGAUUUUAGUUCCAUUUGAGGGAGAAUCAACUUUUAGCGUCACUCGUUGCCAUGGUUACGAUUAGUUGUCCAGGGGACAAAAGUUCAUUGAAAUACUGAUUUUAUGGUACUUAAAUGUACCAAUGUCCAUAAUGGGCCCCCUACUAAGCAUGUUAAUAGAACGGCAUACAACGUCUCUUCAAACAAACUGUGCCACUGUUGUCCCUUGGACAACGGGACAGGAUAACAAAACAAAAAAAGUUGAUUCACCCUUGAGCAUUAUAUUACAUUUUUUUACUUCUGUAAGUUGUAAGUGUCAUUAUGUUUAUGAGUAUAUUUUUUUCUAAUUUCUGAA